AAAGACUUCACAGUCAUGAGUAUAUCUGAAAGCAUACCAACCUCACACGACUACAGGGUAAUCGAUCCCGAUUAUGACAUUAUUCUCAUCGUGACACCGAAACCGACAGCGUCGUCAGACCCAAAGCCGGAGCCAAAGGCGACCCGAUUCAAAGCUUCCUCAAAACAUCUGACUCUCACAUCGAAAUACUUUAAAGGGAGGCUGAACUCGCCAUGGCCCGAGGGGGAGGAGCUCAAACAAAAGGGAAUAGUCGAGUUGGAUAUUCCCGACACAGACCCAGAGGCAUUUGAGGUGGUUCUUAAUCUGAUGCAUUGCCGUACCAAAUUGGUCCCUCGCGAAGUUGAACUACCACUGUUAACCCAGAUAGCCGUCGUUGUCGACUACUUUGACUGCCAUGAAGCUCUUGGGCUGUAUCCAGAGUCAUGGGUAAACAAGUUAAGGGAUUCUGUCCCUGGCAUGUUUUGUGCAGAUGCCAUAAACUGGAUUUUCAUCGCCUAUGUCUUUGGCGAAGCAGACAUCUUUUCAUGUGUAACUCGAUUAGCGCAAGCGCAAGGUCUUGGUACAUUUGAUACACGCCAGCUUCCCAUUCCGAAAAAAAUCAUAGAUGGCAUCAACAGCGUACGAAUCGAUACAUUGACGAAGAUGUUCAAGAUCCUAACAGAUUAUCAAGAACGGCUUAUGGGUCCUAAAGUUAUCUGCUCUUUCGAAUGCGAUUCAACAAAACUGGGUGCAAUCAUCAAGACAAUGAAGUCCCGUGGUCUACUCUUACGUGCUGAAAAUGCAUCAUUCCCAGGAUACUCCGUCAGAAAGAUUCUCGACUGCAUUUUAGACUUCCCGAGAAUUGAAGUAUGCGGAAAAUGUUCUUCUUAUGGAUUUGGAUCCCGAGAAAAAUACAGUAUCAUCGAUCGAAGUACCAAAGCGGAAAUUGAAAGCGCUGCAAGAUCACUCAAUGGACUCAGUAUUCCAAACGUCUUGUAGCCUCCCCCUCAAAGUCAUUUUACUCAUUGCACAUUGGAAGUAUACGAAGCCUACCUUCUAAAUACGUAUUUCACUGGGCUACAUAGCUACAUACUGCUUUUUCUGAAACAUUGUUUCUCCCUGAUUCACCAGGAAAUCAAGUUUCUUCCAAGAUUUGAUUACGAAUACCGGGAUAUUGAUUAACUAGUUAAAGGUUAGUUCUUCCUCGCUUUAUCAAAUUGUCACAUAAGAUACUACCAAACAAAGGAUAUUGUUCUUUCUUCUUCUUUCUUCUUCUUCUUUUUGUUGUUACUUCAACGGGUGGAUUUUCUAUCCAUGCUUUUGAGGAUCCUCUCUAGGUUGAAAUCGUUUCAACUAUGAGAGAAAUGAGAGGCAAUAUUCGAGGAACCAAGGGUCCGUAUGCGUAGGCGUUCGGUCUAGUCAAUUUUUGAUAGCAGCGAUUGGUAUGGC